CUGCGUGCUGCAAACCAACUCUGGGUAGGUUGUGAUUCUGCAAGCUGCAGAACACAGAUCUCGGCUGGACGCGACGGAGGUUGCAUCUCCGUUACUCCUAAGAGCUUCUUCGGCGGUCUGUCUUCACUCUUUCGGUGUUCAGAGCCAGACUGACUUUGAAUUUGCCCCCAGAGGGAGCAUAAACCAGGGACUGUGAUAUCAUGCAGCUGAAGAGCAGAUUAUUUCUCCGAGCUUUGAAGUAUAGUAUUCCUCACCUCGGGAAGUGCAUGCAGAAACAGCAUUUGAAUCACUGUACCUUCGCUGAUCACAAUUACAGUAGAAUAAAGUUGAAAAAAUAUCACCUAACCAAGUGUCUGCAGAAUAAACUCAAGAUAUCAGAGUUAGCAAGAAACAUCCCGAGUCGGAGCUUCUCAUGUAAGGAUUUUCCGCCAAUUAAACAAGAAAACGAAACAUCCCUUUUAGAAAACAUGGAUGCAUUUGAAAAAGUGAGAACAAAAUUAGAAACACAGCCACAAGAAGAAUACGAAAUCAUCAAUGCAGAGGUUAAACACGGGGGCUUUGUUUACUAUCAAGAAGGUUGCUGCUUGGUUCGUUCCAAAGAUGAAGAAGCAGACAAUGAUAAUUAUGAAGUUUUGUUCAAUUUGGAGGAACUUAAAUUAGAACAGCCCUUCAUUGACUCCAUCAGAGUUGCCCCUGAUGAGAAAUAUGUAGCUGCCAAGAUAAGAACAGAAGAUUCUGAAGCAUCUACCUGUAUAGUAGUGAAGCUCAGUGAUCAGCCUGUGAUGGAAGCUUCGUUCCCAAAUGUGUCCAGUUUUGAAUGGGUUAAGGAUGAAGAGGAAGAAGAUGUUUUAUUCUACACCUUCCAGAGAAACCUUCGCUGCCAUGAUGUGUAUCGAGCCACUUUCGGUGACAACAAGCGUAACGAACGCUUUUACACAGAGAAAGACCCAAGCUAUUUUGUUUUCCUUUAUCUUACAAAAGAUAGUCGUUUCCUCACCAUAAAUAUCAUGAACAAGACCACCUCGGAAGUGUGGCUGAUAGAUGGCCUGAGUCCUUGGGACCCACCAGUACUUAUCCAGAAGCGAAUACACGGGGUCCUUUACUACGUCGAGCACAGAGAUGAUGAAUUAUACAUUCUCACUAAUGUUGGCGAGCCCACGGAAUUCAAGCUAAUGAGAACAGCAGCAGAUACCCCUGCGAUUAUGAACUGGGAUCUGUUUUUCACAAUGAAGAGAAAUACCAAAGUCGUAGACUUGGACAUGUUUAAGGAUCACUGUGUUCUGUUCCUGAAGCACAGCAAUCUACUUUAUGUUAAUGUGAUUGGUCUGGCGGAUGAUUCAGUCCGGUCUCUAAAGCUCCCUCCUUGGGCCUGUGGAUUCAUAAUGGAUACAAAUUCAGACCCAAAGAACUGUCCCUUUCAGCUUUGCUCUCCAAUACGCCCCCCAAAAUACUACACGUACAAGUUUGCAGAAGGCAAACUGUUUGAGGAAACCGGGCACGAAGACCCAAUCACGAAGACGAGCCGUGUUCUGCGUCUGGAAGCCAAAAGCAAGGACGGGAAAUCAGUGCCCAUGACAGUUUUCCACAAAACGGAUUCCGAGGACCUGCAGAAAAAGCCUCUCCUGGUGCACGUGUACGGCGCGUACGGCAUGGACUUGAAAAUGAACUUCCGGCCUGAAAGGCGGGUGUUGGUGGACGACGGAUGGAUAUUAGCCUACUGCCAUGUUCGGGGCGGUGGUGAGCUAGGCCUGCAGUGGCACGCUGAUGGCCGUUUAACUAAAAAACUCAAUGGCCUUGCCGACUUAGAAGCUUGCAUUAAGACACUUCAUGGCCAAGGCUUUUCUCAGCCAAGCCUAACAACCCUGACCGCUUUCAGUGCAGGAGGGGUGCUUGUGGGAGCACUGUGCAAUUCUAAUCCAGAGCUCCUGAGAGCCGUGACUUUGGAGGCACCUUUCUUGGAUGUUCUCAACACCAUGAUGGACACCACACUUCCCCUGACAUUGGAAGAAUUAGAAGAGUGGGGGAAUCCUUCUUCUGACGAUAAACACAAGAACUACAUAAAACGAUACUGUCCCUAUCAAAAUAUUAAACCUCAGCAUUAUCCUUCAGUUCACAUCACAGCUUAUGAAAAUGACGAACGCGUGCCUCUGAAAGGAAUCGUAAACUACACUGAGAAGCUCAGGGAAGCCGUUGCAGAGCAUGCUAAGGACGCCGGUGAAGGCUAUCAGGCCCCCAAUAUUAUUUUAGACAUUCAGCCUGGAGGCAAUCACGUCAUUGAGGAUUCUCACAAAAAGAUUACAGCUCAGAUUAAAUUCCUGUACGAGGAACUUGGACUUGACAGCACCAGUGUGUUCGAGAAUCUUAAGAAAUACGUAAAAUUCUAAAAUGAUGUAUUCAAUGGGAAUUGGGAACAUUGAAGUGUUUUCUAGUUUUACUUGCUAUCGGGUUAAACAAAAGUGACCUUUUUUUUAAGUUAGUGAAUAGUUUAUACAAAUUUGCUUCUCUUUCCAAAUUUUGUUUAGUGUACAUCUUGCUUGUGCUGUUCUCUCCUCGGUGUCUAUGCUCCUUAACCUGGGAAAGUAGUCUUCUAAUCAUGCUCCUUAGAAGGACGUGGAGCAGGGGGUGGGGGAAGGAUUGGUCACGGUCACGGUAGAACACCAACCCCCCCAUCAGAACAGCUCCAUUUUUGUCUGUUUUACUGAAAUUUUCUUUGAACAUUUUGCAAAUCAAGGCCCUGCCUCUUUGCUAGUGAACAUUUUUGGUGGUAAGUCACCCUCUAGUUCCUGUGCCUGUAUUUUAUGGAGUAAGAACAUUCUUCACAUUAAAUGCAUUAGAUCUUUCUAAUAAUCUGGAGUCCUAAGGCAUUCUGAUGAUCUCGAUGCUAUCUCAGUAACGUUACGAGUUCCUGCAAACGAUUGUUUUCUUUAAAACAUUUUAUUAUUAUUCUUUAAAAACAUUGGAGAAGUUUUCCUGAAGCAGUUACAUUCAAGUUCAUCAAGUUUACCUAGCAGCACGCUAUACAUGAAAUCAAUGCAAACGCUUAGAACAGAGCCGAACACCAGUGCCGCCAUCCCCAUCACGGGGGCGGCUAACACGAGCGGUACAGGAUGUUGAGCGCACUGGAGUAGCACGCCCGGCUGGAGACGAAGCAUCUGUCUCUGCUGCCCGGCUGGUGGUGGAGGAGGCCCGUUGCGCUAUAUUCAAGGAUGAGGCCUUCUCCCUUGUCCGCCGUGACAGCACUGGUAUCGACUUCCCUUCCUGUGUUGGUGGAAUUGGUACUUAACCUUAUGCUCACUUUCGAGGGAAUAUUUGAAAUCAUGUCCUUCAGGUUUAGCUGGGAUGAUUCUCCAAAAUUCAGAACCACGAGAAAGACCCUGUCGAUGCCGUCCAUCUCUCUGGUGUACACGACGAAGUGGCUGUCGGUGCUCAGGUAGCAGAACCAGCCCCUGCUGAGGAGCAGCUCAUUGGCACGAAGGAGACUUAACUCUUGAUAGAACGUCAGUGCUGAUCCGGGCUGAGUCUGUUGGACCUUUAAAAAAAACAUAUUUAAAGGCCAUUAAGAUAAAUGUUUGAUUCUUCUUAGAGUUUUUAAAAAACAUUUCUAUUAUCAGAUAAGAAAGUUUCCAAAAAAACUUGCUUCAGUUUUGCCCCUUAUAAUAAUCACCAAAUUAUAAGUAUUAAGAAGUAGGCCAGAGUAGUUUACUUCACUACUGGUAGAAAUUAUAAAUGCAGGGUUUUACCUUGUCAGCAUGUGCUACAUCAUAGCCGGCAAUGAUGUAGAGGCCAAAUUUGACUUCACUUAACAAGUGUCCAUGUCAGAGUUAAUGGAUAUUUCACCUGCCUAAAUAAAGCCCCAGCCUGGUCUGUUGUAACUGGCAGAAAAGCAGCCAUGAUGACCAGGGACUCCGGGAACCUCUGGGGAACUGGGGCUCCUGUGUCCCCUUGUGUAGCGUAAUGUGUAGGUUGCCAUAACCUCAGCUGCAUAAAGUAAUAGUGCUGUUUUUUAAACCAUUAAAAUAACAUGUACGCUUAUGAAAAUUUGGAUUUACUUAUUAUUAACAACAUGCAUAAUUUAAUGUCUUUUUCUUCAUUUUUUAAACAUUUCAAGCAUCUUCUGUUUUUAUAUAACUUCAUAAAUGUCACUUUAAUGGCAUAAUAAUUCUGUUAAAUGGUUAUAUUCCCUUCCAUUUCAAAAUUCAAGUUUCUAAUAUUUUCUUAUAUUCUUAAUAUCCCCUAUAUCUGGGUUAUGUAUUCAGGAUGUAAGUGUCAGAAAGACACUGUGUCAGUACGGACACUCGAUAUGCGGUGCCAGAUUCCCCGUCAUAGCUGUCACCAAACCAGUGAUGGGGUUCACUUGUGCUCUCCCCAGCGAUGCUGACGGGCGGCUUUGGUGGUGGUUUGGGGGCAGGUGCCGAAAGUGUAGUCUUUAGUGAGUAUCUAAUGGAUGUUUAAAAUACGUUUACUCUCUGGUGACAGGUACAGAGGUAUUUAUGGUACAUGUAUAUGGUAUAUGUAUAUGACUUGUCGGAUUACUAUUAACAUUUUCCAUAGCCUUAGACAAUGCAUGAAAAAGCCUACUUCUGUACCACUCACAGAAGAAGGGCCCAGUAAGUGUUAACUGCGGUUUUUGUCUACUUGAUUUACCACUUUCUCGAAGUGUGUGGAAGUGUCUCUGUGAUUGUGGACUUGUCGGUUUCUCUUUGUGUUUCUCAGAGUACUUGUUUUUAUAUAUUUUGAAGUUAUUGUUAGAUGCAUAGAUUAAUGAUUUGUAGCGGAAUGUUCUUUUAUCAGUUUUUUACAAUUUGCCUUUGUCUCGGUGCUUUUCAUAUUGAAUUCUAUUUUGUCUGCUAUUAAAUAUUUCCACACAUGCUUUUUUGUAACUUUGCUUUUUUUAGUAGGAAAUGCAUGUAUACAGUAUAAAACUCAACUAUAAGGCGAAUAUGUAAAUAUACCAAAUAAAAAGGUUUUCUUCAACA